GUUUUUCACAUUUCCUCAAAGGUGGCAGCACUGUAUGCGGCUUUGCUCUCGCGCACGUGUGUUUUGUUUUCAAUUCAGAAAAUCUUACAAAUAAUUAACAAAUAAAAUGGGCACGAAAAAAGUUAAAAUUAGUGCCGUGAAACGCAACACGCAUCUCAAGUCGAAGAAGACUCCACUCCCCAAGCAACAACAACAUAAGAUAGCCCAGCAGAAAGCUGCAAAGGAUAGAAAGCAGAAUAUUUUCCGUCAAAAAGCGAAAAAACGUGAACAUUUGCCCAAAAAGCAGAAGCUAAAAAAUGAUUAUUAUAACGACCCACUUGGCAAUGAUGAUGACGACGAAUUGGAUGCUUCCGAAGUGGUGGAGAACAUUGCUGAUAUGCUCGACGGCGAUGAUUUGGAAUACUUGCACGAAAAAGGUUUGAAUAAGCAACGCAAACGCAAGAAUGCUGAUGUUGAAGAGGAGAAGCAAUCUGUUGGUUUAGAAAAAGCCUAUACCAGCAAUGCAGUCGAGGAAAAUGACAAGAAAAAAGUUAAGAUCAAUCUAUUGCCAAUCAAAAGCCGUGAUGGUCAUAUUAUCACACGAAGUGCGGAAGUGGAUUACAUACCCAAACCAAAAGUAAAGCGGAGCGAAGAAGCCGAGCCAGAGGAAGUGGAUGGAGAUGAAAACAUUGAAUACGAAGACAGCGAUGAUGACGUGGUCAAUGAGAUUUGUGAAGGUAGCGCUUUACCCGAACUCAAGAAAAACCUAAUUUCCACAACGGAUUUGCUCAUUGCUCGACAACAAGAAAUAGAGCGUCAGAAAUAUCGUAUUGGCAUCAUUUGUUCAGGCCUUUUAGAAAAACCUGAGGAUAAAAUGCGAAAUUUCAAUGCCUUAUUCGAGUUGAUGGAGGAGACGAAUGCGGCAGACGCUCCAAAUCUUUUAACAGUACGCAGAUUGGCGAUCGUGUCAACAACUGAAAUUUUUAAGGAUAUUUUACCAGAAUAUCGCGUUGGUCAGGUUGACACGAAGAUGCAAACAUUGCGAAAAGCAACGCUUGAAAGAGUGACUUACGAAAAUGCGCUUUUGCAGCAGUUCAAGAAGUUUUUGCAGAAACUUGAAAAACUAACAGGCGCUGUGAAUAAACGUGGACAAGGGCGUGUCACCGCACAGUCGGUAAAGAUGGCCGAAGUAGCAGUGCAAAGUAUGUGUGAUAUACUCGUCGCACAUCCAUACUUUAAUUAUGUACAGAAUGUCGCACAGUUGUUGGUCUACAUGUUGAACUGCCGCUAUCAGAAUAUACGAGAAGAAAUCAACAAGUGUUUCCGCACAGUUUUUGCGAACGAUAAGAAAUUGGAUAUGACACUGUAUAUUGUGAGACGUAUAAAUCACUUGAUAAAGACAAAACUACCGAAUGUGCAUGUGGAAUGCCUCACUUGCUUGCUUUCGCUUAAGAUUAAAAAUGUCAACUUAGAUGCUGAGAAGGAGAAUGAGUUGAAGCAAAAAAAGUUGGAGGCUCAUCGGCAGCGUUUGAUGAGUUUAUCAAAGAAGGAGCGCAAGCGGAGGAAAAAAUUAACCGAGGUGACUAAGGAGUUGGACGAAA